AUGCCUGUACAGUAACAUGGCGGUCUGAUGUAGGCGGAAUGUGAGUUUCAGGCACCGGAGACACCGAAAAACACCGCGGGUGAUGUUUAUAUUUCGCCAUCCGUGAAAGAAAAACGGCAGGAUUUACACGUCGGGCUGUUGAAUUGUGGCUGACAACUUUCAGUCCAGACCAUACUGAAGGAGACUGAAGAUGUUAUGAUGAAAUAAUACUGUAUGUGCACAGUCACUGUAUAUAUCUGCAGAAAUUAAAGAGCCCCCCCCAGAUAUAAUUAAGCAGUAAGGUCAGAGUGAGGAGAAACCUGCUCCACACAUGAGGAGGCAUCUGACAAAACAACCACAGCACGAGAAACCCAAGGCUUAUGGAUCCCAUUGACUCCGGACAAGGGCAAGAGAAGCCGUCAGAGCAGUGUUGUGAUUUAACACCCAGCACCAAAGGACGACAGCGGAAGAAAAAUCCCAAAUAUUUAGAUUAUGAAACGGAUGACAAUGAGCAAAGUGUACAGCAAAAAACACCUAGAAAGAGCUCAGGAAGAGGAGGAGGAAGAGGAGGAGGAAGAGCAGCUCUUAAAAAGACUCCAGCAAAGAGUGGAAAAGCUAAGAAUGCCACACAGCAGGCGGCAGACGGGGACAUAGAGGCGACUGACAAAACACCUCAAGAGUCUGAUGGAAAUAUCUCGGAUGAAACUCCUAAAAAGGCCGUUAGAGCCAAGAAGACGCCAACAAAAAAGACUCCCGCCAAAAAAACUCCUGCGAAAAAAACUCCCACUGCUGACGCGGGCCUCCCAGCUGGGGAGGGCGGAGCUACAGCGCAGAAGGAAAAUGGGACGACAAAGAGAAAGUAUGUGAGGAAGCGGCCUGUUACAGAGCCGCCGAGUAAGGAGGCUCAAGAGGAACCUCCGGUGGAACCCGCGGAGGAGAUCCAACCAGGUGGCCGCCAGAGGAGAGGAGCUGCUAAAGCGGCACUGAAGUACCUCCACAUUUUGGCACAAGAAGUGCUCAAUCAUCCGAAUGAUGAGUCAGGCUCCCAGCCACGGGCCAACAGUGAUAUCAGCCGCACAGAACCAGACGCUGUCACAGAGCGCAAAAGUCUCAAAGGAAGUAAAGGGCGUAAAGGCAAAAAGAGGAAACGCUGUGAUUCUGCUGAAGAUGAGGACUUUGUUCCAGAUGUUGAAGAUGAAGAGGUUGAGGAGAUGGAAUAUGAAGAAGAGGCAGAGGCAGAGGACUCAGACUUGGACUUGGGGACAGGUGGCAGAAGCCCAGCAACUUUUUACGUCCACAGGAACUCUUCAGGCCCGAAUCCCAAAACCCCCAACGGGCUCACCACCAACGUCAUGAAAAGUGUUUGGGACGCCACAGAGACGACCAAGAAAUUCCGAGAGGAGCACUACAGCAGCUGGGUGUUCCCAAAGUGGGUCCCCUCUUCCAGCGACUGGCACCCUGUACCACAAAGUGAUUUGGAGAAGUACCUGCCUCAGGAGAUUCAGUCGGCUGCUUUCAAAGUGACCCGAGAAGGCCUCAGUAAGGAGGAGACGCCCCUGCAACGACUCAGCAGGUUCACAGCAGUGCCUGCACACCCGAAUCGCUGGGACAUGGUGCUGUAUGCGGGUGGACCCGUCUGGGCCAUGGAGUGGUGUCCUACGCCUGAUGGUGCUGCGGCAUCCCAGUACGUAGCUCUGGCCUGCCAUCGAGGGAUGGACGACCAGCACUAUGUCAACAAGACAUACACCGGACCUGGACUGGUUCAGCUGUGGGACGUGGGCAAGCUGGAGUACAACACAAGUCCUGUCUCCCAGCCAGCCCUGGCCUAUGGCAUGGCCCACAACAAAGGCUUCAUCUGGGAUCUAAAGUGGUGUCCUGCAGGAGGCUGGGAGCCUCCCAGCUGUGACAGAAAGGAUCCUUUUCUGCCCAGACUGGGUCUUCUUGCAGUUGCCUCCUCCACCGGUGUGGUCACCAUUUACAGCCUGCCCCACCCUGAUGCUCUGCGCUCCAACAAGAAGAAAGCUAACUCUGGAGAAGCCAGCCAACAGUUGCCAAUAUACCAGGCGGUAGGAGUGUUAACACUGAAGCUGGGCGCCUACAAGGCUCCUCGCCAUGAAAGGAGUGGACAAGUCCUGUCUAUGGAUUGGCUGCCUGAAAAACCACACAAUAUAAUGGCUAUUGGAUUCUAUGAUGGUGUAGUAGGUCUGUGGGAUCUGUCCUCAAAGUCUCCGUUGUUGCGAGUGCAAGAGCCAGACGAGUCACUCAGCCUGCUGCCUUAUCGGUGCCUCCUGGCUCACGACCACGCUGUCCGAGCUCUGGCCUUCUGUCCCGCCUCCAGACACCUGUUGGUGACGGCGGGAGAAGACCGCUAUGUGAAGACAUGGGAUCUGAGGAGGCUCUAUGAUCCCAUCACUGUUGUGAAACGCUAUCUGACCAAUGAAAUCUACUGGCCAUUGAAUGCGCCCGGCCUCCUGUUGGCCCAGGAGAACGCCUAUACGCCGAAUGGUUCACAGGGAGUCCAUUACUUUGACCAUUACAUGCGCGCCGUCUUCGCUGUACCUCGGACAGGCUCUGUGUGGUCCAUAUCGUUCAAUGAUUGGUUGAACGGUGUGGUGACAUCAGACAGCCUCGGUGAGGUGAUCUUCGCCCUGUUACCUCAGAUUUCUUACAGUCCUCAAUACGUCAAACGCACGUUAGAGAGACGUUUUCCCGUCUACCUCACUUCUCUGGUGCCUUAUGAUGCGACGACAGAAGAAAUUCAAGAGAUGGGAGGAGUGGAGGAGAAGGAGGGAGACGCUGUUGAAGAGCAGGAAGAAGGGGAGACAGAAGGACUGGAUGCUGAAUCUGAAGAAGGAAAUGAGAAUGAAAACGAAAGAAGAAGCAGAAAGGAUAAAAGUCCACCUCUACGGUUCCAGACAUACAAAGAGGCUGUAAAGAAAUAUUACCUCCACCAUAGAGACAACGAUAUGCGGUCCUUUUGUGAUAGCGAGAGGCGAGCUGUGUGGAAACGCAUGAAAGACACAGAGUUGAAGACAAAGCUGAACUUCGAUGAGAUGCCACUGGCUGCACUACACAAGGUGCGUUUCAACCCCAACAUGUGCUGCCACACCUGGGUGGUGUCCGCAGGCCACACAGGGCUGGUCAAGCUAAACUGUCUGAGGGGUAUAAUCACCUCCCAGUCCAAGAAGAUUAUCAGUGAGAACCAGGCCCAGUUCAACGCACUAUACUCACCAAAAGACCAGAAGGAGGCCGUCCAAACUGUGACAGAUGAGCUAUAGCAAGAGUUCAACUUCACUGCAGAAUCAGAAGGUGGAUAACACUGUCACGUUUGGUGUACGACUGCAGAAAUAAAAUCACUAACUUGCAAAAAAAGUAUUUUUAAGAAUGAUUAAAAAAACAGUAUUUAGUUAAUUAGCACAUACAGUACACUGUAUACACUUUCUGUUUAUCAGCUGGGUUUCAAGUGUCCAAAGGCCUGCAAUGAUAUUAAAGAAAUUGACCAAUUCUACUUUAGAUUUGAACUUGAAAAACUAAAUGAUUUGCAGGUUUUGUGGCAUAUGGUAUUUUACUCCACCACCAUGUCUCAUAGACAGAAUCUUUCCAUCUUUUUCCACUUUUCUUCCACCCAAUUAUCAAAAGUGUCAGUGGUGACAGUUGAUUUCCAUCCAAGACGUUUGAGCAGCUGGCAGUUAAGUGCCUUGCUUAAAAUGGGUCACAUUAGCAGUUUCCACUUAAAUGGUUAAUGAUUCCAAGUGAGUUAAGUAGGGUUUUUGGUUGCUCCGGUAUCUCUUAUUUGGCAUACAAAUUGCAAAUGGCAAACAUGGCAGUGAAUCCAUUGCUGACAGCAGUCCAAAAUAAUGUAAAUAUAAAUGAUCAGCUGCAUUAACUGCUAUAAAAUCAACUGCUCUCAGGAAAAGUAAUUACAUGCAGCUGUUUUAAUUAAUAAUAAUAAAAAUCAUAGUUUUUUUUAUUAUUUUAAAUUGUCUAAGUUGUCUACAGUGAUUUCGAAGUGUACUCCAGCGUAUGUCAGUACACCUUGACAUCGCGGUUGGGCGUGGUUACAGGUGCAACAGACUUGAACGUUGAAACCAGAAAGGUAUUUAUUGUAAUAAAAACAAACAAAAAAACAUAAAAAAAACAUACAUCUUAUUUUUUCAUUUCAAUGUAAUUAAAAGCAAACAUUAGUCACUAUUCUUCUAUAUGUGGCACAAGUUGGUGCGGAAAUUCAAAUAAAAGUGUUUCUGCUCACAAAAUGGAAAAUACAAAGAACCGAGUCGAAUGUGAGAAACUGGAUAAACCUUAAGGCUUUCUUGUAUUUUAUUUUAGCAAAGUUUUGAUUUUGUAAUCAGAAAGACAUUCCACUGCAGUUGUAGCGCCCUCUCACAUCACUGUUGAUGUUUUAAAACUGCGGACUGAGCUUUAAAACAUGAACAGCGAGCUGGGAACCAUUGGAGCGUACCUUUAUGCUCAUAUUUGCUGCUGUAUUUUUGUAAUUGAUCAUUUUUCUCUUUUACUGUGUCAAGAACAACUCAGGCUGUAACUGAGAGGAAAUACUUGAAGUUUUUUUAUUGUAACUGCUGGAUGUAAUGUUUAUAAAUGACAAAUUUUAGGUCUUUUUUCAUUGUUCCUUUCCUUACCUGCUGUUGUUACUCUGAUGAUUCAAAGGUUUUAUUACAUCAACUGCAAUAAUGUGACAUGACUGAGUUUGUUUUUUUUCAGUGUCUACCAAGCAAAUUGGAAAAUGUUAUUACUUACAGACGCAGCUGUCUCCUUUUUAGAGGUUGUCUAAAACGUGUUUUGCUCUAAGUUAAAUUAGGGGGUUUGAAAAUGUGCUCAUCGGUUUUGUUUUGUUUUUUAAUAAAUCGCAUUGACAGUUUCAGAAUGAUGUUUAGUGAACACCAUGAUAAUGUUGUCAGUCAUGAAACAUAGUUAAUUACUGAAAAUAUUAUCAUUCACUUAUAAACCAUAGAAAUGAUAAUAAAAGCAUCAAAAUUUACAGCAUCUGCUGUUCUGCUCUGUUGCUAUUUGUGAAAUGUUACAUAUAAUUAAUGUUUUUGUAAUAAAAAAAAGACUAAAUAUUAAAUAAAGUUGAGAUUGGAAGUUCACUUUCGACCUUGG